AUGGCGGCCUCCGGCGAACUCGGCGACCAAGUGCAAGCAUUGUCUGCAGAUGUUGUCGAAAAGUUAAUAGAGGCAGUUCGGCAACAUCCUUGCGUUUACGAUACAAAGCGCAUGGAGUAUCGCGACCAGAUGAGAAAGAACAACGCCUGGGAAAUCAUCAGGUCGUCAUGCGGACUUCGCACAGCGGAUGAGUGUCAGAAAAUAUGGAAAAGGCUGCGAGAUCGCUACAGCCGAGAGCAGAAGGCGGUUGAGGUAACACAGGCAAGUGGGAGCGGUUUUGUUCGGAGGCGGACAUGGGAAUAUUUCCAGGCCAUGGAAUUUUAUAAAGACUGCGGACGUCCCCGAAAGACAGUGUCCAACCUAGAGGCGCCAGGACCGGGUUGCAACGGACCAGACGAUCACACGAAUACGGUACAGCCGACGGCAGCAUUUAUACUGAACUCAAUAGUACGUGGCGAAGCAUCGCACACACCGCCACCCCUAAUGGACUCGGCGCCAUCAGAUACAGAAGCAUCGUCACGACCUGUUGAAACAGUUCCAACAACAGUGGAGCGGGAAGGGAUUUCGCGGCAGCAAAAGAAAAGAAGAAGUAACACAGAGGCAUUCGAGGAGCAGCUGUUGUGCCGCCUAGACAAAAAAAUUUCUGAGAAUGAAGCAUUUGGACUCUCUGUUGGGAUGUCACUCGACAGACUACCAACACGUCAAGCCUCUCAGUGCAAAGCAAAGAUUAUGGCGCUCAUUGCUGAAUACGACGAAUGA